CACCUGAUUAAAGGGUUGGGCACACCUGAUUGAAGUAAUUGAAGUGUUACACAAAAAACUACUCAAACAUUGGGUUGUUACGGUAACAUAGAAACUACCCAAUCACUGAGAAAAUAACCCAAAAGACUCGACCCAGGAUCUGAAGAAAUAAUCACCCAGGAGUGUGUAACGCGCUCAACGGGCGACUGAGUGACGUGUGUUUCUUCUGCUCCCAAAGUGACAAUUCAUUAUUUCUAAUACUAACGUGUGUGAAAGUAAAUGAUAAAAACACAUGUAAACAUAAAGACCCUCUCAUUGCUUUUGUUCUAAAUGCCUCUGAUGAUUCUGCUCUCUAAUUGGCUGAAUCAGCAACAUUUACAAAUUGUGUUUUUAUUAUUUACAAAUUUUCACUCUAAAUCAUUGCAUUGAACUUGUUUAAUUCAUCUCUAAUGAACUGUAUGGCUCGCUUUAUUGUGCUGAUGUAAUGCAGUUGUUGUGAGAUGCGGUGAUGAUGUUACUUGUGUAACUCUGACACGCGCAUCAGCUCCUCCUCAUCAUCCUCAUCCUCAUCCUCGCGCGCUGAGCUCCAGACGGCCACGCGCGCUUUCUCGCACACACACCGCUGGUUUAGCGUGUAUUAUGGAGCGCGGGGGUCUCGUUCUGCUGUUCAUGUGUGUUUGCAGUUGCGUUCCGACAGUUUUCUCUCAGCUGAACAUCGGAUCGAGAGCGGCGGCUCGCGCGCAACAGGCCGGUGCACUGCGCGCGCGGACGCGAUGGACGAAUAACGGGCGCGUGUUUAAUCUGGUGAGCCGCGGGUCCGAGUACGUGCCGCGGGAACGUGCCGCUCCACCGGAGACCGGGAUCAGGAACGCGAGCACGAGCUCCGGUGAUGAAGGCAUGGUGUCCGAUGAUCCGUACGAUCCCUACAAAUCCAUCAGGAACAGUCACUACAACCCGUACUACAACUACUACGACUCGUACUACCGACCCAGACAGAGGCAGAGGCAUCACGGGUACGGAACCAGAUACUUCCAGAACGGUCUCCCGGAUCUGGUGGUCGAUCCCUACAUGAUCCAGAUCUCCACGUACGUCCAGAGAGUCCCGAUGUACAACCUCAGAUGCGCUGCGGAGGAGAACUGCCUGGCGAGUUCGGCAGCAAACGCGCGAGACUACGACACCAGGGUUCUGCUGAGGUUCCCCCAGCGCGUGAAGAACCAGGGAACCACAGACUUCCUUCCCAGCCGGCCGAGACACUCCUGGGAAUGGCACAGCUGCCACAAUCACUAUCACAGCAUGAACGAGUUCUGCCAUUACGACCUGCUGGACUCCAGCACACAGCAGAGGGUCGCCGAGGGCCACAAGGCCAGCUUCUGUCUGGAGGACACGUCCUGCGACCCCGGGUACUACCGCCGCUACGCCUGCACGUCCCACACACAGGGUUUGAGUCCUGGAUGCUACGACACCUACAGCGCCGACAUCGACUGCCAGUGGAUCGACAUCACAGACGUCCAGCCCGGGCGAUACGUCCUCAAGGUUACAGUGAACCCAGGCUUCCAGGUGUCCGAGUCCGACUUCAGCAACAACAUCGUGCGCUGUGACGUCCAGUACACCGGCAGCUCCGCUCACGUGUCCGGCUGCAGCGUCACUUCACACUGAGCGGGUUCUCCCACCGGCCCGGCGAGCGUCAGCCGAGAUCCGUGAGCUCACACCGCAGGACCCGAACGCUCCACCCGUGCGCCUGACACCAGCUCAGAAACCUGUUCUGAAAACGUUCUCGUUAGGUUAUGAAAACGUUAUUUCUGAAUGUGUUUUUUUCCUUGGUUUUGUGAGCGUUACGGGAACAUUCCAGUCAAACGUUAUGGGAACGUUGCUUUUGAAUGUUCUCCGAACGUUCUGUUUAAAAACGUGCAACUAAAACAUUUCAGCAACGAUGGAUGAACGACGUUGAAUGAAAUAGACCGGAUAACUCUAACUGUACCGGAAGAGCGUUUAUCGUAAUGUUCUGAGAGCGUUCCCUGUCAGCUGCACAUGUGGAAUUAUGUUAUUUAGUCUUCAUCUGUGUGAACCAUCAUGCAGUCGUAGCGCACUUGCUCUUUAGAAAGAGUCGAGUCUCUUCAAAUAUGUUAAUCGUGUUGUUUAGUGUGAAUGAUGUAUUAGGGUUAGGGUUGCUUUAAGACAUAUUUAUAUUUUCAGCCUCUUGCUGUGGAUGUUAUUGCCUCUUUAGUUUAGGAGGAACACACUUGAAUAAAAGCAGAUGAGAAUAUGA